UGCACGCGCAGCGCGCGACCGCGAACACCGUGAGCGCGAGGGAACGGAAUGAACGCCGGGGACGAAACGCGCAGGGAGAAAAUGACGAAAAUGUGACCGGACGGUGGAGCGAAGGAUGUUCCUAACGCGGUUUCUCAAGGGCACGUUUUAAAGAAAGAACUGUGUAGGAUUACGAGAUUACGAUUAAUGUAGAAAACGAACAAACGACAGAAACAACCCGCCAAACAUCAGGAAUGGAGGAUCUGACAGUUCGUCAAAGCAGGGAUACUCCAAAGUUGGUUGUGUUGAGUUGUCUUCUCCCAGUGGAGGAUGGAGAGAACAUCUGAAGCGAGCCGAUCUGACAAGAGGACUGGACAGUGAAUGAGGACCCAGCUGGACAAAAGUGGAAUAGAGCGUGUGCAGGAGUGUGUUUUUUAAUCUGCAUAGCCUCACCAACGUGGCCGAUGACAGGAGCGAGAGUUGAGGAACUGAAGGACGGAGACCUGUACUGAAGGAGAGUGCGUGCUGAGUGUGUGUUGGCAUCUCGUUUUUUUUUCACGGACCAUGUGGCCUACGGCACGGAAGAGCCAGAUGUUCCCGGGCCACGGCGCCUUCUGCGGCGGCCAGGGCACGUCUCUGUGGAUAUGGAUGUUUUUUUGCUGGGGUUCGGCGCUAGUCAGAGGACAGAGCUACUACCCGACAGUGAACACUCACUACGGGAAGCUACGGGGGGUGCGGGUCCCGCUGCCCAGCGAGAUCCUGGGGCCCGUGGACCAGUACCUGGGCGUGCCCUACGCGGCCCCGCCCACUGGCGAGAAACGUUUCCUGCCCCCUGAGCCACCCUCCUCUUGGUCGGGGAUCAAGAACGCCACCCAGUUUGCGCCCGUGUGCCCUCAAAACAUCCACAACGCCGUGCCAGAGAUCAUGAUGCCUAUCUGGUUCACAUUUAACCUGGAUAUAGUUGCCACAUACAUACAGGAUCAAAACGAGGAUUGUUUGUAUCUAAACAUCUAUGUCCCAACCGAGGAUGUCAAAAGAAUAUCCAAGGAAUGUGCCAGAAAACCCAACAAGAAAAUAUGUAGAAAAGGAGGGGCCCAUGCCAAAAAACAGGGUGAGGAUUUAGCUGAUAACGACGGCGAUGAAGACGAAGACAUACGAGACACCGGCGCCAAACCCGUGAUGGUGUACAUUCAUGGAGGCUCGUACAUGGAGGGCACCGGGAACAUGAUUGACGGCAGCGUGCUAGCCAGCUACGGCAACGUCAUCGUUAUCACGCUCAACUUCCGGGUCGGCGUUUUAGGGUUCCUGAGCACAGGUGACCAGGCCGCGAAAGGAAAUUACGGCCUGCUGGACCAGAUCCAGGCCUUGCGCUGGAUCAGCGAAAACAUUGGCUACUUCGGCGGCGAUUCCAACCGCAUCACCGUUUUUGGAUCAGGCAUCGGCGCCUCUUGCGUGAGCCUGCUCACCCUGUCCCACCAUUCGGAAGGCCUGUUCCAUCGCGCAAUCAUCCAGAGUGGCUCAGCUCUGUCCAGCUGGGCCGUCAACUACCAGCCAGUGAAGUACACACGGCUGCUGGCUGAGAAGGUGGGCUGUAACGUCCUGGACACCAUGGACAUGGUGCACUGUCUGCGGAAGAAGAAUGCCCGUGAACUGGUGGAGCAGGACAUCCAGCCAGCAAGGUAUCACGUGGCAUUCGGCCCGGUUAUCGAUGGCGACGUGAUCCCGGAUGACCCUGAGAUAUUGAUGGAGCAAGGCGAGUUCCUCAACUAUGACAUCAUGCUGGGUGUCAACCAGGGUGAGGGUCUGCGCUUCGUGGAGAACGUGGUGGACUCUGAGGAUGGCGUCUCAGGCAACGACUUUGACUUCUCUGUCUCGGACUUCGUGGACAGCCUGUACGGCUACCCGGAGGGGAAGGAUACCCUUCGAGAGACCAUUAAGUUCAUGUACACAGACUGGGCUGACCGAGACAACCCUGAGACGCGGCGUAAAACACUGGUGGCGCUGUUCACCGACCACCAGUGGGUGGAGCCCUCGGUGGUAACAGCAGACCUGCAUGCCCGCUACGGCUCGCCCACUUAUUUCUACGCCUUCUACCACCACUGCCAGAGCCUGAUGAAGCCCGCCUGGUCUGAUGCAGCGCAUGGAGACGAGGUGCCCUACGUCUUCGGCAUCCCCAUGAUCGGCCCCACCGACCUGUUCCCCUGCAACUUCUCCAAGAAUGACAUAAUGCUCAGCGCUGUGGUCAUGACCUACUGGACCAACUUUGCCAAGACAGGAGAUCCCAACAAGCCGGUGCCUCAGGACACCAAAUUCAUUCACACAAAAGCUAACCGCUUUGAGGAGGUGGCCUGGUCCAAGUACAACCCGCAGGACCAGCUGUACCUGCACAUUGGGCUGAAGCCGCGAGUGCGCGACCACUACCGAGCCACUAAGGUAGCCUUCUGGAAGCACCUCGUACCCCACCUGUACAACCUGCAUGACAUGUUCCACUACACAUCCACCACCACCAAAGUGCCGCCACCUGAGACCACGCAGAACUCCCUGUCUACCAAGCGGCCCAACGGGAAGGCGUGGCCCUUCAAUACGAAGCGGCCACCCAUGUCUCCGGCAUACAACAGCGAGAGCGGCAAGGAACAGUGGAACGGCGGUGAGGAGCCUGGCCCACUGGUGGUGGAGAACCCACGUGACUACUCCACCGAGCUGAGCGUCACUAUCGCCGUCGGUGCCUCUCUGCUGUUCCUCAAUGUGCUGGCUUUCGCCGCCCUGUACUACCGCAAGGACAAGCGUCGGCAGGAGCAGCAGCCUCAGUCCAGCCCUCCCAGGGCCUCUAACCCAGCUUCGUCCAACGACGUGGGCCGCCACGCACCUGAGGAGGAGAUCAUGUCGCUUCAGGUCAACCAGACGCACCACGAGUGUGAUGCUGGGCCAGGCGACACUCUGCGACUGGCCUCUCUACCCGACUACGCCCUGACGCUGCGGCGCUCGCCUGAUGACAUCCCGCUCAUGACGCCCAACACCAUCACCAUGAUUCCCAACUCACUGGUGGGCAUGCCCAACCUUCACCCUUACAACACCUUUACUGCUGGCUUCAAUUCCACCGGCCUGCCCCACUCGCACUCCACUACCCGGGUAUAGCUUUAAGGAGGCCCAUCUAAGCGCCGGGGAGUGGGAGCGAGUAUUUGGUUUUAUAGGAAUAAACCCAGGGGGAUUACGGAGAAGUCUAAAAAAACACAAACCGUUUGAAUAGACUUGAACGGGGGGGUCCUGGCCACGCUCUCCGGAUGUCGAGUGGUUGCAGACCUGCCAAACCGUAAACUGCUUCAUCUUCCCCAGCAGUGGGACGAGCAUUUCAAGCAGUAUUUUUUUCUAAUGAUCAUUUUAAAAAUGGGGGUGGGGAACGCCUUUUUAAGAAGACUGGGGAGAUAUCAACACUUUUUUUCUUGAAUAAUUAACAAAAAUGAAAAAGAAAAGUGCUUUUUAUUUCCCAUUUCAGUCUCUUGUGGGAAAACAUUUCAAAACUAUGGCCUCUGAGAUGACAUUUGCAUAAUAUUUGUGUUGCUUUUUUUUGUUUUGCUUUCUUUUCAAUGCCUUACUGAAAGCUUCGGGUUUUUUUCCUACUUUGUAUCUUUCACUGCGUGGAACGUAUUUGCCAUAAACGACUAGAUUCUUGAAAACACGAGAGACGUAUGUAGAAAACGCAUAGAGAAUUGAAGCAAUCCGAACUUGUUUGAGUUGCAUAUCCUCUUACAUGGUUUUACGUUUUUUUUCUAAUUUCCAGUGCUAAUUAUUUGUCUGAUACAGACUCUGCCACGAGACAAGACUAGAGAUACAGACUUUACUGUGAUUGUUUUGUUAAGCGAAAAGUGCAUCUUUUUUCAAACAAAUUUAUCAACUAUCAACUACCGAAUCUGAUUUUCAUGAAAUGCACAUGUACACACAAUACUAGGAACACUUGUUUGUUAGUGUGUGCGCGUAAGUGUGCGUGAGUGCAGCGUGUCUGUGGUUAGAAUACCUGAGAAUGAGAGUGUGUGUGUGUGUGUGUGUGUGUGUGUGUGUGUGUGUGUCUGAGGGAGAUGCUUGCGUGUGCACAUGCCUACAUUUGCCCUGUUUUCGUUGAACACUUUGUGUGGGGGGUGGGAAAGGGAGGGCUUCUUUGCCAUGUUGUUGAUUUCGUUCACCACAGGUAGUGUUUCAGCUGCGUCUCUGGUUGUCUGUCUUUGCGAAAUAGCACUUUUUUUGUUCUUUUAAGGAAAAAAAUUAUAUAUAUAUGUCUAAUUUUGCUUAAGAAUUACAAAAAUAAAUCUAUUAUUUUACAUGUAAAAGAAAAAAAAAUAGCUAAAGAUUCAACUCAACUAACUGACAUGAUUCCAUUGACUUUGUAAGAGUUUCUCCCUGCAGGAGACGGUGGCCUGUUUACACUGAAUAACCUUAUUU